AUGGGGGCGCUACGGUCAGGUGCAUACAAAGUGAACACUGAACAAAGAGCUCUGCUUGCUAUCACAUCCAACAUGUCCUCCAACGGCCUGUCUGACGAAGGGUUCUCUUCCUGGGCUGGUGGUGACUACUGUAGCUGGAAAGAAACAAUUGGGAACAAUCAAAACUUGAGAGUUUUGCAUUUAGAAGGCAACUCCAUUACAGGACAGAUUCCAAGAACCAUGGGUGAUCUAUGCAACUUGACAGAAAUAGAUCUGUCCUAUAACAAACAUCACCGGAAGGAUUCCAGAGAGCUUGGGGAAGCUCGUCUUGCUGCAGGAGAAGGCAACUCCAUUACAGGGCAGAUCCCAAGAACCAUGAGCGAUCUGUGCAACUUGACAGAAUUAAAUCUAUCCCAGAACAAAAUAGAUGGAGAGCUGACAGAUUUGCUAGAUGGUUUGUCUAGUUGUGCUCAUGGAACGCCUCGGCCAUCAUUGAAUGCCCAGGGCAACAAGUUGAGCGGGAGCAUCCCCACAAGGCUUGGCAAAUUAUCUCAAAUAGAGAAUUUAUACCUGUCGUCUAACUCAUUCCAAGGCGACAUCAACGAAACUCACUUUUCGAACCUCACCAAUUUGUACCUUUUGAAUAUCUCUUCCAACUCCUUGAAUGUGAUGCUGUCGAGUGAUUGGAUUCCCCCGUUUACUCAUGUCUUCUACAUUGAUAUGAGCUAUUGUCAUCUACCUGCGUUUCCUAACUGGGUUCGGACCCAAACUAGCUUGAGAUUUCUCUACUUGUCAAGCGUUGGACUGUCGGGAAAUUUUCAAGUUUGGUUUUCCAUUCUCGAGUUGGCCGCUGUUUACUUGGAUUCCAACAACUUGACUGGUCCAUUACCUCAAUUGGGGUCUAUAAUUAGCUGGAUCAAUCUUUCCAAUAACUCUUUUGUUGGCCCUAUACCACUGAGUGUUAACCAUGAUAGUUCCCUCUACUUUUUGCAACUCAUCUCCCAACGAUCUGGUCUAUUUGCACUUGAACAACAACAAACUCUCUGGGAGAUUUCCUUCUUUUCUGAAAAAUUGUGGAAAGUUAACUAUAUUGGACAUGGGCCAGAAAGAUUUUCUCGUGAAAUACCAACAUGGGUCGGCAGCUAUGAAUUUCUGUUGAUUUUUCGUUUGAGCUCAAAUUCAUUCACUGCUGCCAUUCUAGUUGAUCCUGUCCGAAAGUCGAUGAGAUGGAUGUUAGGAGCGUGGUACUCCUGUUGA